CCUCAAGUAUUACUUACAUAGAUGCUCAUGAUUGCACAGCUUUGGAAACAGUUUCGACACCAAAGCCUCGGUCUUCUACAAAUCUUUGCCUCACAUUUUCAAAUUGCCUCCAGCUGAUACAUACUAAUCUAUUUAGGGAUAUUGUGGAAACUCAUUCUCAUUAUCAGUUAUCUGCGACCUCUUUCCUUUAGUAUGUCACUUCCUGGAAGUGAAAUUCCUCAUUGGUUCAAUCAUCAGUGUAAGGGAUUCUCAGUGAAUGUGCAGCUACCACAGAAUUGGUUUGACGAUAAGUUCUUGGGAUUUGCUUUAUGUGUUGUUAGUAAUUUCAAGGGUGCUCAUAAUGAUGCAUCCAAUCUCUCUGCUAUUUGUUAUUGUACCUUUAAAGGAAAUCAUGGUGAGUACAAGUUCAAUUUUCAAUUGCUUGAUUGGGGUUUCAGAACAAACAGAUUCCUCCAGUCGGAUCACAUGUUCCUGGGGUAUGUGCCAUGGUCUCAAUAUCGCUGCAGUAAUGAAGGGAAGCCGGUCAGUGAACGCUACUACACUGAAGCCACGUUUGAGAUUGUGGUAGAAAAUGGAGUCUAUACACAUGAGAAUAACAGGACAGUAAUACGCCGGCAUUGCAUCACAAGUUGCGGAGUGCGUUUGUUUCAUGGUGAUUACAUGGAAGUGCAAAAUCUAAGCAUCGCUCAGCCUAAUUCUCGUCAUGAUAGCUGUGAAAUUCUAUUGGACACUGCAAGGAAGAGAAAGAGAGAUAUAGCAGGGGUGACAUUGCAGUGGGAGUGGCCUCCCACAGAAGAGGUGUUCACUGAGCAAGAGCAAGAAGGAUCCCCACCAAGGGAAGGGUCCCUGGCUGGGGAAGGGCCCUCAGUGGGCAAGAGGUCCUCGGUGGGGGAAGGGGUUCUUUCUAUCCUUUCUUCAGUAGCAACAGUAGAAAGCGGUGCCAAUGAACGUGAUGGUGCAACUAUCCCUAAUAAUACUAACAGAAGAAGGCGUACAAAUUUGCGAAACUCAGCGACGUGGAUCCGGGAUACAAGUCAGCUUAUUGAUGAUGGCCAUGCUUGGAGAAAGUAUGGCCAAAAGGAGAUACUUGGAUCCAGACAUCCCAGAAACUAUUACAGAUGCACUUAUCGAUUGGAUCAAGGCUGUAUGGCCACUAAGCACGUGCAACGCGUUAGUGAUGAGCCAGUAUUAUACAGAACUACUUACAGAGGAAAUCACACAUGCAGACCCGUCUCCAGCAUACAGGACGUGGAAGAGUUCUUUUUGGCAUAUUAGGUCCUGUCAUAUUGGAAGAGAUUAGCUAUCUAGUCCUCGUAGUUUCCUUAAUACACUCUCCGUGCACAGAUCAGACGAGAGGAAAGCAGGAUAUGAAAGGGGAGUCUUUGCAACAUAUGGAUAUGGUGGACUGCUUUCUGAUAUG